AUGCCAUGGCCAUGGCAAUCGGGCUGGAAUGAUUCGCUGAACGUGGUACACUUCAAAGACCCUCGCUCCUGGAUCCCGGCCUUUGCCAUCACAACAGUUCUCUUUGGUGGCCUCAAGUUCUAUAGGACCUAUUUGCGCCGCAUUCCCAGCAUCGAAUACGUCCUUCCACACUAUUAUCGCAAAAGGCGGUUGUUUGGCAAAGUGACCAGCGUCGGUGAUGGCGAUGGCUUCCACCUUUUCCAUACUCCUGGAGGACGCUGGGCGGGCUGGGGCUGGUUAAGGAAGGUGCCGACAGAGAGGAAAGCUCUGAAAGGAAAUACUAUACCUAUCCGCCUAGCCGGUGUAGAUGCGCCAGAAGGCGCGCAUUUUGGCCGAACAGCUCAGCCUUACGCCACAGAGUCUCUAGAGUGGCUACAGAACCGGGUUCUGAACCGCCGCGUCCGAGCUGUCAUUUGGAGACGGGAUCAAUACGACCGUGCGGUCGCUACCGUCUACAUUCGCCGCCUGUUCUUCUUCCGCAGCGACGUCGGCCUCGAGAUGAUCCACCAAGGGCUCGCGACAAGCUACGAGGCCAAGACCGGUGCCGAAUUCGGCGGGGAAGCGAUGGAAAAAAAGUAUAAGGCUGCGGAGGCUGAAGCCAAAAGAAAGAAAAUUGGCCUCUGGAAGCCGUUCGAGACGCCUAGGGAGUACAAGGACCGGAUGAGGGAGGCUGAGAGGGCAGAGAAGGGUUAG